AUGAAUCGAGAGCUUAGGUGCGAGCUCCCAAUCUUGGGGGAUGAGAACAAGCGCAAGGCGUUGUUCGACGAGUUCGGGACUGUGUGUAUUAGGAUCCAAAACUCCGCAACCAAAUCCAGACUUGAAGUCGACAUUCUUGUCCCGAAUACUGUUAUUUGCGGCGAGACUCCUCUCAGUGAACAAACUCCCGUCCACGUACGGUUCCACGGGGGUGGCUUCUUUACUGGAGCUCCUUUAUAUAAGCCGUGGUGGGGAUAUCACGUUCGUGACCUCUUUCUGGACGCUGGAGCAGUGACCUUGAGCCCGAGAUAUCGCAAGAUGCCCGAUGUCCACGGUAAAGAGAUACUGGAAGAUGUCGACACGUUCUGGGCCUGGUAUCAGGGUGACGAAUUCUCGAAAGACCUUAGCAAUGCCUUCAUUGAUUUAGGAGCACAGAAGUUUAACUGCAUGGUGCAAAUCAACAAGUCUCAAUUGCUCAUAUCGGGCGAAAGCGCUGGAGGAUUCCUGGCCGCAUACUCCUGGUUGCCUCAACCCAGCCUUCAAAUCAACGCACUGUACAUGCAAUACCCCAUGCUUUGUCAGUACACGCGUAAUGCUGGGAACCCAUAUAGAGGGAGAGCAAUAUCGAAAGAAGACGUGCAAAAACUGGCCAAGAAACACUUACGGGACAUCGAGAAGUUAGAGAAAGCGGGCCAGCUGCAGUCCCGCACUGCCUCAGACCCUCCAGAGGGGAUGGAUAUGGCGUAUGUUUUUUCCUCCGCUAAGAAGACGGUCAACGGCAAGCGGAUUUCACCCUGGGAGUACUGGUUUCGCGAACUGGACAUUCUUCAGCGUCUCGAUCGCAUCGCCGCAAACGAUACACGAUAUCCUCGUCCAUCUUACUGCCCUGACACAUUCAUAUCGCAUGGAGAUCAAGACACGAAUUGCCCUUUGAAAGACACGUCGAAGCCGUAUCAGGAGAAAGUGCUCCGAAUGUUUCCGAAUGCGAAAGUCCACAUCGAAGUACGAGCAGAUGCAGCUCAUGCAUUUGACUACGAUAUUGACAUCAAGGACAAGGGCACCGAGUGGCUUUUGGCCUUGUAUGAGAAUAUCAAAGAGGCUUGGCUCAAGCCUGCCGGGGAGUAG